GAAAUUACAGCAGUAAUGACCGAGCAAAUGCUCAGAUUCAUAUAUUCUGCAGCAAUACGAGACGAUGGAAAUCAUUGUUUAUGAUGCGAUGGAUAGAAGAUUUCUAUUCGGCACAGUGGCAAGUUUGGAAACAGGAGAUCAUGAAACAUCUUGUGGCCAUGUGGUAAAGUCCAGUGGCCUGAAGCAAUGGUGUAAGGCACUUCUAGAUGAGGGUGGUUUCACGUUUAAUUGCCCCAAGUGUGCACAGGAGUGGCCCUGGCAGGAAGUGCGGAAAAUUGCACAGUUGACGCAGGAGGAAUGCAGGUCGUAUGAGGCACAGCUCCACAGCAUAAUGAAACCCAAAGCAAAGUCGUACAAAAAGUGUCCAAGCUGCAGUCUGUACGUGCAGAGGAUGGAUCCGGAGAUGCUGUCUGUUCAGUGUCUGCCUUGCUCCGAGAAAUCGGACAAAUCCUUUCAGUUUUGCUGGGAGUGUCUGAGGGAGUGGAAGAAUGCUGACGGACAGAGUGAUAGCUGUGGUAAUAAAUCCUGCAGCCUGACCGCUCUGCUUCUGAGCUGUGGCACGAUCAAGCAGAAACGUAGUGAAGUGUACGGGUGCCCCAAAGUGCGGGCCUGCCCCAAAUGUGAGACAUUAACACAACACUGUCUGAGUGGCUGCCCAGAUGUGUUAUGUCCCAAUUGCCACCAUCAGUUUUGUUACCGUUGCCUCGGCUUUGAAGAAUGCAAUACAAAUUGUUGUAUAGCUAAAAGGCAAAAGCUGACUGGUAUAAAGGACAACAAGAUAAAGAGCUUCAUGGGAUGAGGAUGACUUUCCUAAGCCACCUGGCCUAUGCGGAGUUUUCCCAGGGAGCAGGAAAGGUGCAGUCAGGCAGAAAAUUUACAUUUACAGUAUCAGAGAAGCCAACAGUCUGAAACCUCAUGUGUAAUUUCCUAAACUUUAGUGUUGUGUGAGAUCCUGAUCAACAUCCCGCUGAUACGAAAUGGAAACUUCAUUCAAUGUGACUGUACUAACUGUACUCCUGCCUCCUACUGGCAGAUUUUUUAAAAAUGCUCUCCCCAGACCCUUGCCCUGUUUUUCACUGCAGAUGCCCAGCAGCUGCCCAAUGAACAGUUGUCAUAAAAAGGAAGAAGAUGGGCUUGCUUGCUGGUGAACAACCUCUUCAUUGUCAGCUCCUCAUUACCUUUAUAGUCACAAAACAUGGAAGUCCGGUCUGCUCUGCUUGAAGCUCCAUUCCUGUUGAUGGAUAUAGUUUCAAUUUCCCUUUGCAUCUGUACAUGUGAAAUCUCAUGGGUCUCUUUCUUCCCAGGCAGCCAUUUAAGUUACAUUCAUGUUCGGUUUUAUCAGCUCUCUUUUAAAAAUCACAUGUUGGAAUUACAAUGUAGAAGUAAUUUGGGGUUCUGCCCCGUUAUCAUGAUACUCAUAUCUUCAGGAGUCACAAAUGAGGGAAACAGUUCCUGCUAUAUCUCUAUCAUUUUUACCCGUAUUAAGAUGACUGUUCAGUGCAGAUCGAUGCAUUUUCCAGAUUAAAUGAAGGACCUAUGGUGUGAUUUCUUGCUCAAUCUGUUUGUCCCUACCUGUUGACCUUCUUGUGCAUAAUUCGAUUUAUCCCAAUUCCCCUUGAAGGCAUAAACCCCUCUCCAUCAGAUCAUUAAUUUCAAAACUCAGCCAGGCAUUGAGUAAAAUCGAUUGCUGUCUUGUCAUUCCUGUUUUUUCUCCAAGCACGUUAAAUCUGUGCCCUCUGUUCACUGAUCCUUUCCAGUCAUGGAAAACAGAUUCUCUUCAUGUACUCCAUCUAAAUGCUUCAACAUCUCAAACACUCCUACAAUAGUGACCAGAGCAGUCUGACUCAACUCAGUACAGGUUGAAUGCAGAACACAGUGCUACAACAGAUGGCCCCUUAAACUGAAUGUCUUACUACUACUCAAAACAUUCCUCCACCAAUUCAUCUAAAUCCUAGACUCUGACAUCUUCAAACCUGUCCUUCUAAACUCAUCCAUGCCAUUAUGGUACAAUUCCCCUGUAAACGGAUUAUAAUCCCAAAUCUGUUGCAGCAUCUUAUGAGUUAUUGAACUGAAUUUGGAAGUUGUACCCAUUCACUGUCAUUGCCAUUCAUUGGUGUUACCUCUCUGUGCCUAGUGCUAUGGAGUCAUACAGCAUAGAAACAGGCCUUUCAGCCCAGCAUGUCUGUGAUGACCAACAAACACCACCAUCACUAAUCCCAUUUACCUGCAUUUAGUCCAAAGAGUACCAUGCCCUGGUAUGAAGCUGCCCAGUGUAAACAUAGCUCUCGAAAUGAAAUACAUUUCCUCAAAGUUUCUCAAUUUCCGAGACAACCACCUAAUUUGAAAUCAGCAACAUUUUACUAAUGUGAGCAAGCUGAAAGGUUAUAUUGGUGAGUCAGAAUGAUGACACCCUGCUGUUUCUCAUUUGUCGAUCAGUCAUCUUAUUUCAAUCUCCAUGACUUUCACUAACCAUUCUUCCGAAUGUUUUUUGAACAUUGCAAUACAACAUCAGUCAGCUAAAGAUCUAGCCUAGGAAAUUGUGAGAUAAAGGGGAGGGGUAAAGUACUUGAGACAUUAAGUUAUUUUAAACUUGUUCGGUCAAUUCCUUGAACACUCAUGGAAUUUUUUUUUAAUCACUGAAGUAACGGGGAUAGAUUUCUUCACCCUUCCUGCAGUAAACAUCACAGUACCUUGCUGUGGGUCAGUAGAUAAUCAGUAAAGGAUUUCCUCUGAACAGAAAACUCAAACAGAAGCCAGAGAACAACACAGAAUGGAAAGUCCCCACACAGGAUACAUUUUCCUUACACAGAGAGUUGUGAGAGCAUGGAAUGCGUUGCCAGCAGCAGUUGUGGAUGCAAGGUCAUUGGGGACAUUUAAGAGACUGCUGGACAUGCAUAUGGUCACAGAAAUUUGAGGGUGCAUACAUGAGGAUCAAUGGUCGGCACAACAUCGUGGGCUGAAGGGCCUGUUCUGUACUGUACUGUUCUAUGUUCUAUAUUCUAUGUCUGUAGCGAGUUAUUCUAGCCUCAAUGAUGGGAACAGGGAA